AGAGCUUUGCCUCCGUGGCUCAACGCUUUCAGCUUGCAGCUCGCCGCUUCGGGCGGUGCUUUUUUUUUGGCGGUCGCCCAAACUAGAUAGCCAUGGCUCGCCGCUCGCCGCUGGUGCUGCUGCUGCUGGCCCUGUGCGGCCCUGCCUUCCUCAUGCCCAGCACUCAGCAGAGCGCCCCAGAGAAGACUCAGCAGCUCAUGACUGCAGGUGGAGCCAUCAUGGUGGCUUCCCUCCCAGCUCCCGCCUACGCGGGGGGCAUGUUCGACUUUGGCCUCACCCUGCCCUUCGUGGCGAUCACCUUCCUCACCAUGAUGGCGGUUCUGAACGCGCUGUGGUUUGCGCCGGUGACCGAGGAGAUGGACGAGCGCAAUGCCAAGCUCCUGCAGACUUUGUCUGAGGCUACCGACAUGCUGGCGAAGGCAGAUGAGAUGCAGGUUGAGUACACUGCCAACAUCAAGGAGGCUAGAGAGAAGGCGGCUAAGGAGCUGGCGGCAGCUCGGAAGAGCACAGAGGAGGCUAUUGCUCGCGACGCGGCUGUGGCGGAGUCCGAGCGGGAGAAGAAGGCGAGCACUUUCAGGGCCAAGCUGGAAGCCGAGAUUCAGGAGAAGAAGAACGGCGCCGAGAACUUGAUCAAGGAGCGACAGGCAGACUUCGUGAAGCAGUCUUUGCAGGCUGUUGGCCUCUAGGCCGAGAGGUGGAUUGGUGGUGCGUUUUUUGGCGGAGAAGCCCAUUCUUUGGUUGUGAGUCCUGUAACGUAUGCCAAUUUCUCCUGUUGACCGGAUGCGCGAGCGCCGUCCUGG